UCUCUAUAUAAAUGACACUGAAUUAGUGGACCUUUAUCAGAUAGUCAUAUUCUCAGCAAUGACUAUAUUCCGCCGUCGUAUCCUGAGAUGAACCGAUACUACAUCUGCGCUUUGAUGCUGGUGAUUUCGGCUUCGGCUGAUACUGAGUACCAGGUGGCCUUCUCAGCUGGUCUGUUGAACAGUGUUGCACUUGGCAAAGGAGAAACCCUUUGCUUCGACCACACAUUUCUCAACAUCGGACACGCAUACGACCUGAAUACGGGGAUCUUCACAUGUCCUCAGAACGGAAUCUAUACUUUCCAGAUGUCCGCCUUAACUCAGAGGGGUAGAGAAGCUUGGCUCGAUCUGACCAAAAACCACAAACUUGUCGUGAGUGCAUGGGGACGUACUGAUUAUGCAACUGCUGCCAACUCCGUUAUCUUGCAGCUGACGAAGGGGGACACGAUAUCGGUAAAGGCAAGAAGACAUACGACAUAUGUGUAUGGAAGGAGGAACGGGGUAUACACAACCCUGUCUGGCUUCCUCGUCGCCCCUUCCUACAUAUAGUGGGCCCUGAGUAGGCCAUGUGAGGGCUGAAAAAAGUUCGUGAUGCAUUAAAACAUAUUGUUAAAUCUA